CUUGAUCUAAUCCUGGCCGAAUGCCUUGCCCCAAUCGUGCAAGUUGAGCCUAUCUUUGUGUCCAUGCUUUCAAUUUUGGUCACUCUUACUCCGCUUGCUGUUGGCUCACAUUUUCCUCACCAAACAAAUUGGAAGGGUUCCGAUUCAAAGUUUUCGACAAUGGAAUAUCUGACAUUGGCUACGGUGCUGCUCGAAAUAGGGGAAAGCAUCCAUUUUCUAUUCACGGCCUCAGCUCAUCUGAAGACCAAAGCUGCUUCAUGCACAAGCUUUGGCCGUUCGACGUCCUUCCGGAUAGCUUCAAUUCUCAUCUUCGACUGGAACUGGUCGGCAAGAUACUUCUUGUGUCAGUCUUACGCUUAA